GAGUGAGUGAGAGAGAGAGAGAGAGAGAGAGAGAGAGAGAGAGAGAGAGAGAGAGAGAGAGAGAGAGAGAGAGAGAGAGAGAGAGAGAGAGAGAGAGAGAGAGAGAGUGAGUGUAGGGCUCGUGUCACAGCUCAGUUAUUCGAAAGGCCUCUCUAACAGUGUUUGAGGAUUUAUUGGAGACUUUAUUAAGAUAUGGGGGUUAUAAAGAAACAUGCGUUGUGGUGCAUCUUCUUUUUUUUGGCAUGUGCCCUUUCUGCCUCGCAGGGCAUAUACCAUGGGAAGCAAUACAAUUCAAUUCCACCUGCAACUGGUUUCGGAGUCAAAGAACAUUUCCAGAUCGUCUCCCAGCACAACAGACUCCGUAGCAGAGUCCACCCGGCCUCUGCAAACAUGCAGAAAAUGGAUUGGAGUGAGAAGCUGGCUGUGCUGGCCCAGGAGAGAGCAUCCUCCUGUCCCCUAAACCCUGCCCUAGAGGAGGGACACACUGACCACAUGGGCUGGAACAUCCAUGACUUCACCCCUGGGGCCACCUCCUUUGCUGAGGUCAUCGACCUGUGGUUCCGUGAGGGGCAAGACUACAACUACAAUGGCGGCCAGUGCAGGCAUAACAGCACCUGCCAGCACUACACACAGCUGGUGUGGGCCACCUCCAGUCGGCUGGGUUGUGCGCGGCACUUGUGCGAGAAGGGCGGAGCCAGCAGGGAGGUGUUUGCGUGUGCGUACUCACCAGGGGGAAACUGGGAGGUGAACGGCAGGCUGGUCCUGCCCUAUAAGAAAGGCCCCUACUGCUCUCUCUGCACCUCGGGAAUGUCCGGCUGCUUCAAACUGUGGGACCACGUCGGGGGGCUCUGCGAGAUCCCUCGGAACCCGUGCAGGAUGAGCUGUGGGCUCCAUGGCCGGCUGAACAUCUCCUCCUGUCACUGCGAGUGUGCCCCUGGAUUCACUGGCCGCUUCUGCCAGGUGAGGUGCAGCGUGCAGUGUGUGCACGGACGGUACCGGGAGGAGGAGUGUUCAUGCGUGUGUGAUGUGGGAUACGGGGGAUCGGAGUGCGCAGAGAAGCUGGAGUUCCCGUUUCACAGCUGCGAUGUCCAGAUCGACGGGGAGUGCUUCAUGGUAUCUCCGGGGGCUGAGAACUACUACGGGGCAAAGAUGAAGUGCCAGGAGAAAGGAGGUGUUUUAGCACAGAUAAAGAAUCAGAAGGUUCAGGACAUCCUGGCUUUUUAUCUCGGCCAAUUAGAAACCACAAAUGAGGUCACUGACCCUGACUUUGAAACAAAGAACUUCUGGAUUGGUCUGACGUAUAAAAUGUCAAAGGAUUCUUUUCGCUGGGACACUGGAGAGAGCCCUGCCUUCACCAGCUUCGCCAUCGGACAGCCGGACAACCAGGGGUUUGGGAACUGUGUGGAAAUGCAGGCGGCUAGUGCUUUUAACUGGAACGACCAGCGCUGUAAAACACGCAACAGAUACAUCUGCCAGUUCGGUGCGUCUGGAAUCCACUCAGAAUAAUAAUUCUGGCCCUUACAAAAAAAUACCCUCUCAGAAGUCAAAGAUGUACCGGAGCACAUAGCCCUGUGGGAGAUUGCACGGUGAGACUGCAUGAGUUCAGAUGAAGCUUGGAGACCCAAGGAGGCAGUAUGGGGCAGGUUUCGCCAUGCAGUCGAAUGAACUACACACUGAUGAUGUUAACCACUGCCUCUUACCAGGACAGCACACCACUGUGAAAUGUUUGAUUUGGUCUUACAGUAGCAUUCUGUGUAAAGCAAAGCGAUGAGGUUAAUGAAGCUCGCCUCCAGUGGCAUUGCACCUCAAUGAGCAUUAUUGUGCACCAUUUAUAGUCUUGUACCCUGAGAGGUAUUGAUAACAUGUUUUGUUAUAAGCUGUUACAGAACUCUGCAGCUUUAAAAUCAGCCACAAUGAUAUACCCGUACUUCAGCUCCUGUAACUCUGGCUGAGAUGAGUGACAGUGCCAUUAUUACGAUCUCUGACCCAUCUACUGUAGAAAAAUGUAGUGUGCUAGAAGUGCUACUUGAAAUGUUAACCUAUAAGUGGGGUUCAAGGGGCGGAGCUAGGCACCAACAACCUAUCACCUGCUGUCAUCAAUUAAAUCUACCUUAUUUAAACAUUAGUCACCUCUACCUCGCUGUCUUGUGUUUUUUCGUUUUUGGCUUAAACCUAAGCGAUUUCAAGACCCAUCUACUUUUGCGUACCUCAAUAAUGGAGUACUUACAGCAGUUGUCAUCGGAUUCAGAGGAUUCCCAGGAUUUUCUGUCAUUAACAGAUCAUUCUCCUUCAGCUUCAAUCCAGGGUCCAUCCAGUCUCCGUUUUUUCUCCCCUUCUGGUAUUUCAGUUACAUCUGAUCAGGCUCCUGAUCAGGCUCUCGACCAGGUUCCAGUUCAAAUGCUGCCUACCGUUCCUGCCACCCAAACAUCGAAUCUGCGGCGAUCCAGGUGUCUUCGGCCUCAGGACGCCCCUCCGGAUCGAAUGUUUUGGAAGGACUGGCCCAUGAAUAAAUUGAUAAAAACCCUCCUUAAAAAUGGUAAUGCGAUUCCGGCAGGGAGUGAUAGAGAGUCUCUUUUCAUUCUCUAUUGCAAUUCAGUCUCAGCAGAACCAGUCUUUCCUCCGAAAAAACAUAAUCAUCAAGCGCCCAGCCAUUCAGCGUCCUAAAACAGACAGCAGGCAGUCUAUUCCGGAUCUAACCACCCCCACAACUAGCACCGCUAACCAGCAGCCAGCCAUUGAAAUCCAACAUUCGCAAAUAUUCAACGAGAUAAAAUCAUUUAUGCAGCCUUUUUCCGAUACGCUAUCUUCGGUCAGUUCUCAACUGUCGGAUCUAGAAAAAAGGGUGUCUAUUAUGGAACAGGGAAAACAAUCUACAGCGCAGUCAUUAAUUUCAGCAUCAAAUACUGCAGCGCCGCCUACAGCUUCUUCCGGUCCAGCCCUAAUUUCAGCCAGCGAAGCAGAUUCUCCAAUAUACAACCUUGCUACCGCAUGUACAUAUGGAUCCUCCUCUCCAACGGCAGCUAGACGUCACACUAUAUCUCCACAAAUCAGACGUAUCAUUCUCAAAGGUAAGGACAUUAAUCUUGUUUCACUAUUAAUGACGACUUCGGAAUUCUUGGACCAUAGAGUAGUCGAUUGUGGAGAAUUGGCGGUAACUCUAAAAUCCAGAGAUCCCAGACUGCUUAAAAAUCUUACAUUAGGGGAGUUUGUCCUUGCUUUCUCCAUAUUCAGAGAUGUGUUAUGCUCGGUAUAUCCUAAACGCAGGGCUGAAUUGGAAUCUUACGAAUAUUACAUUGUGGAGCUGUCUGUCAGAUACGGAGGGACUAUGUUUGAGUAUCAUAAAACAUUCUCUGCAAAAGCAGCAGCGAUAUUGGCAGCAGAUAAUCACAUCAUCAAUUGGGCAAAACCUGAUCCAGAUCUAUUUAAUAGAAUUUUUGGUGGUCUAAGGGCUAAUGCAUGUGGGGUCUGCGCUUCAACAGCUCAUUCAACAGCCCUCUGCCCUAAAGCUGUAAUUGCAUCAACUUCUAAAGCACCCGGUUUCGCCGCUAAUUCAUACAGAUCUUCAGUACCUAAUCCUAUACAUUCUUCAGCUCUCCUCGAUCAAUCUACAAGGAAAGACAAAUACGGGCGCAGUAUUAGAUUUUCAGGAGGAAGACAAAUAUGCAACAAUUUCAAUACUGGCUUCUGUUCGAAUAGGCAAUGUAAUUUUAUCCACAUGUGCAGCAAUUGCGGUGACGCUCACUCUAAUACAAUCUGCCCUUUAAAACGCAAGUGAC